ACCAAUCAGAUCGCGGGAGGAGUGCGACCGUUACGAUUUGAAUUCCCAACGCUGAACGCCUGCGCGCUUGUGUGCGCGUGUUCGCGUUCAGUUUUUUUCUUAUUAUUAUUUUAAUCAUUAAAGUUCGCGAGUGUCAAGGUCCGGCCGUCACAGCCGCCGCCGGCACUCGAGGACGACGAGGCAGAGGGCCGCCCCCCCUCCCCGGGGCACGAGAAAGACCAUGGGGGACGGGCCCGGCGAGGGCUCGAGCCACAUGCGGGUCAUCGUGCGCGUGAGGCCGCCCAACGCGCGCGAGAUGGACACCAACCACCGACUCGUCGUGCAGGUGGUGGACGAGCAGAUGCUGGUGCUGGACCCCAAGGAGCAGGCGGAGCCCAGCUUCCUACAGGGGCGGCAGCUGCGGCAGCGCAACAUGCUGGCGCGCAAGCCCAAGGACCUGCGCUUUGUGUUUGACCGCGUGUUCGACGACACGGCGACGCAGCAGGAGGUGUUUGAGGGCUCCACGCGCUCGCUCGUCGAGGGCACGCUCAACGGCUUCAACUGCACGGUGUUUGCCUACGGAGCGACGGGCUCGGGCAAGACUCACACGAUGCUGGGAGCGCCGGGCAACCCGGGCGUGAUGUUCCACACCAUGGUGAGCCUCUACCGGCACAUCAACGACGUCCGGGACGAAAAGCGCUGCGACGUGGCCAUCUCCUACCUCGAGGUCUACAACGAGCAGAUCCGAGACCUGCUGAUCCCGUCGGGGCCCCUGGCCGUGCACGAGGACCCCCAGAAGGGCGUGACCGUCAAGAAUCUCACGCUGCACCAGCCUCAGACUGCCGAAGAGCUGCUCCAGAUGCUGGAGAGAGGAAACCUCAACCGGACCCAGCAUCCAACCGACGCCAACGCCACUUCGUCGCGCUCGCACGCCCUGCUGCAGAUCUACGUGAAGCAGCAGGAGCGCCUGGCCGGCAUCAGCCAGAGCGUGCGUGUCGCCAAGAUGUGCCUCAUCGACCUGGCGGGCUCGGAGCGCGCCACCGUCACGGCAAACCGCGGUGCCCGCUUCAGGGAAGGGGCGAACAUCAACCGCUCGCUGCUGGCACUCGGCAACUGCAUCAACGCCCUCGCCGACCCGAAGAACAAAAACCAGCACAUCCCGUACCGCAACAGCAAGCUCACGCGUCUGCUCAAGGACUCGCUGGGCGGCAACUGCCAGACGAUCAUGAUCGCGGCGGUGAGCCCCUCGUCUCUCUCCCUGGAGGACACCUACAACACGCUCAAGUACGCCAACCGGGCACGAGAAAUCAAGUCCGUGCUCAAGAGCAACGUGGUCAGCUUCGACUGCCACAUCAGCCGCUACGCCAAGAUCUGCACAGAGCUGCGGAAAGAGGUGGCGGACCUGAAGGUGAAGCUGCAAGCGUACGAAACGGGGCCCGCCCCGCCUCGCACGUCCGCGGUCGUCCACGGCGCCGCCCCGACGGCCGAGCGUCUUGACCGGCUUCGCUCGCUGCUCGGCGGCGUGCUGGAGGAGCGCCGCUCGGUCCGCCAGGAGUUGCUGCACGUGGACUCGCAGCUCAAGGAGAUGGCGCUGAGGAGCCACCAGCGGGAGCGCGACCAGGCCCGCGUGUGCCUGCUCUGCGACGACCACCGCACCGUCGACAAGGCGACGGGCCGGCUGGAGCGGUGCACGGCGGCGUCUCGGGCGCGGCGCGAGCACAUGGAGGAGCGACGGCGCGCCGUGGAGACCCGGCUCAAGGACAAUACGGAGCGGCUCAGGGUGCAGGCGGCGGCGGCCGUGCAGCCCUCGGACGAGCCCGACGGCGCCCUCUCGCAGUUGCUGGCGCUGGGCGUGAGCGGCAUGCAGCACGAGCAGGAGGCGGGGGGCCUGCGCGAGUGCCUGCAGCACGCCGGGCGGCUCGCUCGCCUCCACGACACGGACCGCCAGCACACGGAGCGGCUGGUGACGGCGCUGCUGCGGGUGGCGCGCAAGCAGUACGACUCGCUGGCGUCGGCCGGCCUGGCGGGCGCCGAGGAGAACGCCGACCUGGAGGAGGUGGUGCGUCUGGUGCGGCGCGAGCGCGCCGUCGUGUGGGCCGACACGGCCGCGGACGGCGACGCGAGCCGCGACGGCGAGGGCGGCGACGCCGGCGACGCCGGCGGCGGCGGCGGCGACGCGCCGUGCGACGGCAGCGUGCGGAGCGCCGUGGAGUUCACCCUGCCGGGGUUGGUCACGCUGUUCGGCGCGGGAGAGGCGGCGGCGGCGGCGCCGGCCGGCCGGGACGCACCACCCGCGGGUGAGCCGGGUGCACGGGAGCGGGGGCUGGGGGGGGUGGGUGUGGUGGUGAGUCGCCGCCCUGACCCACCGCCGCUGUCGACGGGAUUCCUCGUCGCCACCGUCGUCUGA